CUUCGCACCAAAUUCGCGAGCUGGUCAUAUAGUUUUUUUUUCCACACUGGCAUAUUAAUUGUUUCGAGCGUUUAAUUGCGAAUAAUUUUUAAAUAAAAAAAAAUUAACUAGCAACAGGCGUGAAAUGAGCGAAACUAUAAACACGGCGGCCCAGUUUCCGACGUUCGAGAAACCGACCGUCCAGUUCAACGAAAAGGGCUGGGGACCAUGCGAGCUGCCAGACACGUUUAAGGAUGUGCCUUACCAGCCGUUCAGCAAGAACGAUCGCCUGGGCAAGAUCUGCGACUGGACAAGCACCUCUAACAAUGACAAGAAGUAUCAAAAUAAAUAUGCUUCUACCUUUGGCACCGGCAACCAAUAUGCCUAUUACCAUGAGGAGGAUGAGACAACGUUCCAUCUGGUGGAUACGGCACGCGUCCAGAAGCCACCGCAUCAACGUGGACGCUUCCGCAACAUGCGUAAUUCGCGUUCAGGACGUGGCCGCAAUGCACGCGGUGGACUCAAUACGCACGGUCAUGGCAUGACCACACUGAGCAGUAAGAAUGUUAAGGCACGCGAUCCGCGACGCGGCAUGGGCAAGCGAUUUGGUAAUCGCGGUCCGCCACCAAAGAUGCGAGAGUCCUCGGUGGCUGUGCGAGCCGACUGGGCCUCCAUUGAAGAGAUGGACUUCCCGCGUCUCAUUAAGCUAUCGCUGCCGAACAUCAAGGAUGGCGAGGAUAUUACCACUUGCGGCACCCUGGAGUACUAUGAUAAGACAUACGACCGCAUCAAUGUGAAGAACGAGAAGCCGCUGCAGAAGAUUGAUCGCAUUGUGCACACUGUAACCACCACUGAUGAUCCGGUCAUACGUCGUCUGUCCAAGACGAUUGGUAACGUGUUUGCCACGGAUGCCAUUCUGGCUACUAUUAUGUGCUCGACACGCUCCAACUACUCGUGGGAUAUUGUCAUCGAAAAAGUUGGCGAGAAAAUCUUCAUGGACAAGCGCGAUCAUACGGAAUUCGAUUUGCUGACUGUGAAUGAGACUAGCGUUGAACCGCCCACUGACGACGAUAGCUCGUGCAAUUCGCCGCGUAAUCUGGCCAUUGAGGCCACCUUCAUAAAUCAUAACUUUAGCCAGCAAGUGCUCAAAACCGGCGACCAGGAGGCCAAAUACAAGUUUGAGGAAACCAAUCCCUUCAUUAGCGAAGACGAGGACAUACAGGUGGCCAGUGUUGGCUAUCGCUACAAGAAAUGGGAACUGGGCAGCGAUAUUGUUCUGGUGGCGCGUUGCGAACAUGAUGGUGUGCUACAAACGCCCAGUGGAGAACCGCAGUUCUUGUCCAUCAAAGCAUUAAACGAAUGGGAUUCGAAGCUGGCCAACGGCGUUGAAUGGCGCCAGAAGCUGGAUACACAGCGCGGCGCCGUGUUGGCCAACGAGCUGAGAAACAAUGCUUGCAAACUGGCCAAAUGGACGGUACAAGCUGUGCUGGCUGGUUCUGAUCAGCUAAAACUGGGCUAUGUAUCGCGUAUUAAUCCACGUGAUCAUUCGCGUCACGUUAUUCUGGGCACGCAGCAGUUUAAGCCGCACGAGUUUGCCACGCAGAUCAAUCUGAGCAUGGAUAACGCCUGGGGCAUAUUGCGGUGUAUCAUUGACUUGGUGAUGAAGCAGAAGGAUGGCAAAUAUCUGAUCAUGAAGGAUCCCAACAAGCCGAUUAUACGUUUGUAUGAUAUACCCGAUAAUACAUUCGACUCAGAUGAUUCGGACGAUGGCGAGGGAGAUGAUGGUGAAGGUUUCCAGCAGGUCUACAACUAUGCCAACAACAGCAACAAGAUUUAGUUUCUUUUCCAUUAUAAAGCUAUAAACACAUACACACGCGCAUACCCAUAAACAUACUUGUAUAAUCAUAAAAUCAACAACCGGUUAAACAAUGCCAAAUCACAUUAAUAUUUUUGUUCUUGGCGUUAGCUUUAAUCAUUUGAUUAUAAGUUGGCUUCGUUUGCAAGUGCAACGAAUUCUGAGUAAAGCACAGAAUGGAAACAGA